ACGAUAUCGAAACAAUUUUUAGUCAACAAAAAUGGCGAAAACUAUGAAGAGCCCUGAGAAAGGUAAAAUCGCCAGUUCGUUCAUUCUACAUGCACCACCUGGGGAGUUCAACGAAGUGUUUAAUGAUGUUAGGAUACUUGUCAAUGAUGACAGCAUUCUGAAGGAAGAAGCUUACAGUGCUGCUGCCGAAUACAAUAAAGAACAGUUCAUUCCAUGCAAGCUGGAGGGCAUUGAAGAACAGGUCCUAAUAACCGAACACGGUGACUUGGGGAAUGGUCGAUUCUUUGAUCCUCGUUCGGGCAAAUCCUUUCGAUACGACCACUUAAAGAAGGAGGCCAGCGACGUCCAGCCCCAUCGGGGCGAGAAGAGUUCAACUGAGGAAUGGAGACGAGCAUUCGAAACUGUCACGGUGACGUAUGUUCAGGAACAGUACAACAAGCUGGGGACUGCCACGGUCUAUGGAAAGUCGGGCGAUGCUGGGGCCAAUAUCAUAAUUGCCUGCAUCGAGAGUCAUCAGUUCAACCCUAAGAAUUUCUGGAAUGGCAGAUGGAGAUCACAAUGGUCAGUUGCCAUACAGCCUGGUCAGUCAACUGCUGAAGUUGUUGGCAUUAUGAAAGUCCAGGUGCAUUACUAUGAGGAUGGCAACGUCCAGUUGAUAUCUUCAAAAGAACACAAAACUUCCUUGAACAUUUCCAAUGAGUCUGCCACUGCCAAAGCGUUUGCAGCCAUUGUCCUGCAAGCCGAAAAUGAAUACCAGUUGGCGAUAUCAGAGAACUACCAGAACAUGUCCAACACAACGUUCAAGGCUCUGAGGCGAGCUCUGCCAGUGACGAGGAACAAGAUAGAUUGGAAUAAGAUCAUCAGUUAUAAGAUCGGCUCCGAACUUAAGAACAAUCCGGAAAAUUGAUUGAUUUAUUGAUUGGAGGAUUGGUUGGCUGGCUGGCUGAUUGGUUGGCUGGUUGGUUUGUUUGUUGAAUGAAUGGUUGGUUUAUUGAUUGAUUGAUUGGCUAUCACGAGAAACAAGAAUGGUUGAAACAGGUCUUAGCUGUAAGAUCGGGUCGGAAUAUUUUAUUGAAUUGGUCGAUUGACUGACUGACUGACUAAUUGGUUGGCUGGUUGAUUGACUGAUUGAUUGAUUGAUCAGCUGAUUGAUUGGAGGUUUGGUUGUUUGAUUGGUUAAGAUGAUGAUGAUAGUUAUAAUGAUGAUGGUUAUGUAGAUUAUGCUGAUCUAAAUAUAGCACACGGAGUUGA